GUAGCAUUGUUAAUCACCCUUCUCAUAGUCGUGGGAGGCUCGGUGGCAGGAUUCUUCCUGAUUGUUCGUCCCAAUUUCCUAUCCACAUCGUCUUCAUCAUCAACUCAGCCCAAGUACACGUCCACGCCGCACAUACCCACACCAUCAAAUGGUGUGAUAGAUGAUUCAAAGGCGCCAAAUUCAUGGACUCCACCCCUGAAUCAACCAUUCCCAUACGGAAAACAGCCUGUUCGAGGUGUCAACCUCGGCGGCUGGCUGGUUUUGGAACCCUUUAUCACCCCAUCCUUGUUUGAAACUUCGGGGGUAAUCGAUGAGUUCACUCUAUGUGCGUCGCUCGGACCUGACGCAGCAAAAGCAAUGCUGGAUAAGCAUUAUUCAACUUUCAUUACUGAACAAGAUUUCGCGGACAUUGCCAAAGCAGGGUUGGAUCACGUGAGAAUAUCAUUCGGGCACUGGGCGGUAAACACGACCGCCGAUGAACC